CGAACGCAACGGCCGCGAUGUCUACAGACGUGUCCACCCCGCAUGUGCCUAUGCACGUUGUGCCCAUAGACGCUAAGUGGCCAGAAUGUGAGAACGGCAUUUGACGUGCCCCAGAUGUUGGCCCUCUGGAAGCAGAUCGACUGCCUGGCCCCCCAACGAGAGAGUACGAUGGCGCGGAUUUCUGCUCUUCGGCUGGCACCAUGAGGGCUGCCCGAGGGUCCCAGGCGCGGCAAGUUCUGCCGAAGGAGGCACCCCGCUGCGGCGGCGGUGCCAAGCCUCGAAGGCGGGGGCACGCCCAGGGCGCGCGGGCCCCUGCAGAACAACGGCAGGAGGAGACGAACAAAAAAGGCCAUAAGCAUAGCCUUUUCGCGCUCCGCGCGGAUUUCUUGCAUCUGAUCCGCGCGGAGCGCCAACAACUCUGGUGCACAGAGAGGACUAUCACAUCACGCGAGGCCUCCGCAGGCUCGCCACCAUCUCCGAUUAGACAAGCGCGCCCCAUUACUCGCAGCAAAGUAACCAACCUCGCAAAUGGCCUGGAUCCGACUUUGCGAGUGGGCACUUUGCGAGUGGUGGAACGCGCCCGGCGACAGAUGGCGCAUCGGAAAACUCUCCGGCAGAAGGUGCCCACGUGCCAGGGCGCGCCCGGCUGCCCGGCACACGCCCGCAAACAUUCAGAAAAGGGGGGGGGGGACCGGACCGGUGGGGUCUCGGGGGCAGAGGUGGAGCUGCAAGGGGCCCAGGGACACACCAAGAAGCAGGCGCAAAUCCCAAGAUUCUCCACACUGUCCUACAGUUUCUGGACUGGUUGAAAAGAAGCCUAGAGGGAAGGGUGAAGAGCCCCAUGGGCCGAUGCCACCAGGAAUUCGUGACAUCAGAGGGGAAACUGGAUGGGCUUCUGGCUAGGCCAGGAGGCCAUGUGUACCAAGACCUGGCUCGAAGUGUGCCUGAGCUGCACUGCUGGUGAUGAAUAUUUACAUUCCGUGGAGUGCGGAGCUCCACGAGCAUCCCAACCGCUCUCUCACGACGUCUGGGCCAAGCAGUCUCAAUCCUCGCCGCUACUCGGGGUUUCGUCAUCCUCGCUCUCGACUGCGGUCUCCGCAUGCUUCUCAACGAUGUCGGUCGUCUCCUUCUCGUCCGCGUCGAUAUCACCGCCCUCGGUGAGGUUCUUGUCACCCUUCUCAUCGACCUCGAUCGUCUCGUUCUCGUCUGCGUCAAUAUCGCCCUUCUCUGUGGCGUUGCCGUCGUCCUCCUCGGCGCCGGCGGCCGUGGCGUUCUCGGCGCCGACGUCGGCCGCCUCCUCGCCCUCGGUGGCGUUCUGCCCCGCGUCCAGGCCGCCCGCGGCCGCGUCGUCCUCGCCGCUCGCGGUCGCCUUUCCCAGCUGGCCGUCCUCCCAGACGAUCGUCUCGCGCUGCCACGCGCGCUUGUGUACGUUCCAGGCGAUGUGGUUCGUGUCCUUCGGGGCGUUCGCCCCGUUGGCGUGGGCCUGGAUGUUGAACUUGCUCCUCACGAAGGCCGUCCCGUUGU